AAAAAAUAGUAUAUAUUUAUAAUAUUUAAGCAACCGUAUAUUUAAUUCAGUUUUAUUGAAAGAAAACAAAACCGUGGAAAACUGUGCCAUGAAGGGCUCUUGAAAUACUUGUAAACUGUAAAAAUUUAUAUAGACGUCGUGAUAAAUGCAUAAAUAACUGAGAAAAAUUCGUUCCACUGACAUUUUUCACCAACGAAUGUGUUAACCAAUAUCUUCAGGAACAUGCAUUUAAGAAAAUAAUCUGUGUUAACUGACGCUAAUACAAGGGAUUUUUUAAAAGACAAAUCAUUACUGACGGGUAACAACUAAUUAUGGCAUUUUCUAGCUUAGCAUCCCGUGUGAAGAUGGGAAAGAAGGUGGAGAAAGGUUUAAACAAGGAGAAAAACCAAUCUGCAACCAGCCAGGAUGAAUUGGAUUCAAAUAAAGCUCUUGAACCACAUGUGUGCACGGGAAACUUUUCAGCCGACUUCAGCGAGUUGUGCCGCCGGAACAACAUGACCUUUAUUCCACCUGUGAUAAUGCGUCCACGACCGCCGGCUCCUGUGGUACAACAGGAAGUCAGUCCAGCAAAAGGGGGCAAGGACAAAGGUAAACCAUCAGUCACACAACCAGAACCCGAACAGGAGGAAAAUGCAGAGGAUGGAGAGCCUGUAGAUGCACCGCCCAAAACUUUCACAACUAAAGACAAGUUUGAAUAUUUCAAGCCAUCAAUACAAGUUGAAAUGGAUAACCAGGAUAAGCCUGACACAGUCAAUGAAAUAUUUAUCAGAGGAUGGAAAGUUGACACAGUCAUGAUGGAUAUAUUUAAACAGUGCUGGCCAACCAUGGAAAAGUUACACUCUAUCAAUUUAUGGAACACGGGAUUAAAUGAUGACACGCUACAUACACUAUCAACGAUUCUGCCGCAGUGUCCAAAUAUAAAAAAUGUGACUUUAGAUGGUAAUGCUACAGAAAAAGAAGACUGGUUUGAGUUGAUCACAGAGGAGAGCCCUGUACAGAAUUUAUCAUUGCGUCAUUGUGGAAUUACCAAUAAAGGGGCAAAAAUGAUUGGUCGAUGUCUUGGUAGUGCCAAACGUGCAAAUACAAAGCUUCUUACUUUAAAUUUGAGUAAUAACAAAAUCGGAGAGGAAGGAUUGGAAGAAAUUGCACAGGGACUCAGAUUGAACAGGACACUUUUGUCAUUGUCACUUGCAAGCAAUGAGAUUAGAGACAAAGGAGUUGUCAAGCUUUCAGAGGUUCUGUCCAGAUUUCCACUGACACAUGAGGAAGUUGUUGAACGCAGGAAGCUUAUGUCAGACAGAAGUUCCCCAGACAGAAAUAAAUCUCCCCCACUCAGCCGGCGGGCCGACUCCAAGGACCGACCAGGCAGUGUCAGAAGUAGCACUCACCAAGACAAGGGUGGUAAGAAAAAUGAGAAACCCUCAGCAAAAGCCAAAAAGGAUGGAAAAGGGGGGAAGGAGGAGAAAGAGGAGAAACAUGAGAAAACGAAAGGAAAGAAAGAAAAAGAAGACAAAGCUGGAGCUAAGAAAGACCAUUUAAAAGUUCCCUCUCAUGGUCACCGACCAGGCAGCCCUGGUAAACAUUUUGACCAUGGUCAUCAUAGUGUCGGAGCAAAUGUUGGAGGUCGCAGUUCUGGAGCAGAUAUGCAAAAUGGCAAUACUAGUAGAAGGGCAUCCCUGGCAGCAGAUGCUAAAGGCAAGGGAAAUAAAACUAAAGGGAAAGAAAAAGGCGGGAAACCUGCUCAGGAACAAGAGCCUGCAGACAGUCAAGACUUCAUAAACCCUCUACUAGAAGGUGCAGAUUAUAUAGAUGGUCGUCUGUGGGUGGCAGGAAACAGAGUGCUCAUCAACUUGAACCUUUCAAGAAAUGAAAUUGGGGAGACAGGACUUGAAGCGCUUCUGAAGGCGAUGCAGUACCAGACCACAUUAUGUAUGGAAAAUAAAAGCAGUGGAACUGGAUUGAUGAGAUUAUUAGUGGGAAAGAACAAAGUGAGAUCAAGUCACGAAUUGCUUCAAAAGAUAACAGAUAUCAUGCUACCCAAAGACCCGUUCUACAAACCUCCACCACAGACGCCAGAAGUUAAUGAAGCCUAACAAUUUAGAUAAAUUAUAUAUAUUAUUACCGAUGGGACAGAGGCCUAAGGAGAAAAAUGUGAACAAGUUGCAUUGAACAUUUUGAUAACAUUCCUAAAUGAGCUGCAGUAUUAAUUGUUAUUAGUUUGCAUUUUUAGUAGACAUAAUUUGGAACAUUUCUAUAGGUUUAAGAAAGAAAACACUGCAAUAUAAUAUAUAUGUCUGUCAAGAUGUACUUAACAUGAAUGAUACAUAAUUAUUAUAAUGUCAUUUAUGCAUAAAACUAAAAUACAAGAUGGUUAAAGUACAAGUAUUGUAGUUUACAAAGAUGUUACAUUGUUUUGAAUUUUGAAGGUUGCUGUUAGAAAUUCUCCAAACGGACCCGUCCAGUACAAUGAACAAUGACCCAGUUUUUACUAUAGCGUCCAUAUUUGACUGUGAUAAUAUUUUGUUCUGUUUAGUUAUAUGAAAUUGUUUAUAAAACUAAUUUAUAAUAUUAAUUAUUUUUAUGCUGAUAAAAUGUGAUAAAUUGUUUAUGUGCAUUUAUGUUCAAAAUGGAUGAAUAAAUGAAUGAAUGUCA